CAACCACUCCCACCUCGCUGUGCAGAGCUGCUACUGCCACCAUGCCUCAACUAGACCACGUCUUCAGCCAGCUGGCAGUUCACGACAAGAAGGGCGGGCCGGGCGGGCGCGUCACCCACAAGAGCACCAACCCGGCUCGUGCGACCACUGGUGACGCCCAGGUCGACCAACCCUCGACCACGACCCGCCUCCUCUCGCUCUUUUCCCGCCUGUGCACCCCGAUCCGCCGCUCGCCCACCUUCAACGGCGACCUGCAGCACGUCAAGUCGCUCCUGUACAAUAAGGAGUACCUCGACGCGUUCGGCACCGACACGGACGCCGGCGAGCGCUGGCGCGAGGUCUACAUGGCCCGGUGGACGCCCGCGCGUGCCGUCAUGUACGAGCGCAUCCUCGCCGAGUGCGCCGUCGCCGAGGCCCUCCAGUGGGUCGAGCCGCCGUCGCACCGCCAGCUGUCCGAGGAGGAGGAGCUCGAGCGCGAGCGCGAGCGUGCGAGGCGCAGGAGGGAGGCGCGCAAGGCGGGCAAGGCGGUCGAGGAACUCGACGACGGCGACGACGCGACGGCGCUCGCCAAGGGCGACGUGCCCGAGGUGCUCGACGUCGUCAUGAUCGGCGCCGGCGCUGGCAGCGAGGUCGUCGCUCUCGGCGGCGUGCUCGGCGCAGCUCUCGCCUCGAGCGCCGCGAGCGCGCAGGACGGCGCCAAGCCGUUCAGGCGGCCGCGCAUCGCCGUCCACGCGGCGGACCAGGGCUCAUGGUCGACGCUGCUGGGCAAGAUGGAAGAGCAGCUGCGCGACGAGUGGCCUGCGCUCGAGGGCGAUGAGACGGCCGGGGGCGGGUUCGGCGUCAACUUUGUGCGAGGCGACAUCCUCGCCGCAGCAUCGGCCCCCUCUUCCUCCUCAACUUCGACCGACGAGUCUGCCGCACCAUCGACCUCGCCAACAGCAGCGGCCGCCGACGCCCUCGGCCUCCCCUUCUCGUCGCCCUCGCUCCGCCUGAUCACCAUCUGCUUCACCAUCACCGAGCUCCUCCUCCAGUCGCGCAUCGCGACCCUGCGCCUCCUGUCGUCCAUCUCGCGCUCGGCACCCUCGGGCACCCUCCUCCUCAUCGUCGAGUCGGCGUCGCUCGCCCUCAUCCCGCUCGGCAAGGAGGGGCGCACGUACCCGCUCGGGACGCUCCUCGACCAUGCGCUGUGCGGCGCCCAAGGCGACGGCGCGUGGGACACGGUCAGGGGCGAGGACGCCAAAUGGUACCGCAUGCCGGACGGCGCUGACGAGGUGUACAACGCCGGCGGUCAAGGCGCGAUCGUCAAGCUGGAGAACUCGAGGGUCGUCCUGCGGCUGUUCAAGAAGAAGUAGACGAGGCCAGGGCGGGAGACGAUGGCGAGAAGCUGCACUUUAGACGCGGCAUUCUCUGUCUUUCAGUCGGGCUCGAGUCGCUCUCCGCCAAAACCUCUCAAUCGCGCUUCCGGCUCGC